AUGACUUCAAGAUUUCCGACGCCAGAAGAGUUCGCAUCGUUUCCACCGCCCAACUAUGUCGACCCAGUCAAUCAGUUGCCACUGGCGAUGGCCGUGCUGAUUCCUAUGACUGUUCUGGUCAUUGGUUUCAUCUCUUGUCGAUUCUAUUGCCGAACGGUUCUUGUCAAUACUCUGGGUUGGGAUGACUGGGCGAUGAUGGUAGCAGCUGUGAUGUCUGUUGGAAGUAACAUCAUGCUCAUAAUAUCCAUGCUGCCAGAAUACCAGAUGGGGUACCAUCUAUGGGAUAUUCGUCCAUCACGACUUUUCGGGACGAUGAAGUCCGCGCAGAUGGGCAUGUCCAGCCAGUUGCUCUUCACAGCCAUUAUCACUUUUAUGAAGGUCGCGAUUCUUCUCACCUACAUCCGCAUAUUCCCAUCAAAAUUAGACAAGUGGUUUUGCCGUUUGAUGAUCUUCUACACGGUAUCUUUGAAUACAGCCUGCUUCUUCAUCACCUUGUUCCAAUGCUCGCCGGCAAGCACCUACUGGGAGAUCUUCAAAUACAUCGGCACAGCUAAAUGCCUCAACAUCAAGGCCAUCUACUACUUCCACUCGGCACAGAACACUUUCAGCGACUUUGUCAUAUUUUUGUGGCCUGCAAGGAACCUUAUGAACGUCCAGGUAUCGCUCCGUCAGCGCGUGACAUUGAUAAGCAUGUUUUCACUGGGUGUUAUUGUUUGUAUUGCCGGUGUCGUGCGACUGUACUAUACCCAUCAAUAUCUGGUAUCCUUCGAUGUCUUCUGGUACGGAGCCACCACAUUCAUCAUCAUGUCCGUGGAAAGUGGUGUCGGUGUCGUAUGUGGCUGCCUCCCGGGUUGCAAACCCCUCAUGAACAAGAUGUUCCCUCGCGUCUUCGGCAACACCUCCCAGUCAUCGUCUCGUCGUCGCCCAUCGACAAACUUCCUGUCAGGGAAGCUGUCGUCCUCCUCGGCAGCAAAGUCUGAGCAAGGAUCAUAUCGUAUGCAAACUCUCCAGUCUCGUCCCGAUAACCGACGCGGUGUGACCUUGGAAAAGCGAUCGCCGCCAGACGUUGAGAAACAGCUUCCUGCGCCCCCACAACCGUCGCACCAGGGUCUGCGCCCACCCAGUCGAACAACAUUCACCAGCAGGCGACAGGCUGAAGCGUAUAGGGAGCUACAAGGCAACGGUAGUGACUCGAGUAUAGAAAUUUUCCUUCUGCAGCGUAAUUAA